AUGACAUCUGAAAACAACACCUUUAUCAAGGACUUCUUUAUUGUUGGUUUUCCUGGGCUUUAUUCAAGUUACUAUGAUAUAGUGGCUGCACUUCUGCUCUCUGUCUAUGUGUGUAUUUUAGUGGGUAAUGGAAUAUUUCUUGCACUUUUUACUGUAGAAAAAUGCCUUCAUAAACCUAUGUAUUAUAUAAUCUUGAACCUGGUCUUCAGCGAUAUAUUGUUUAGCACCACUACCUUACCAAAAAUUAUUGCCAGGUAUUGGUCCCAAAAUGGUUCUAUUUCAUUCACUAACUGCUUCAUACAAAUGUUUUUUGUGCAUUAUUUUGGUUCCCUUACUUCUUUUGUCCUUGGAAUAAUGGCCUUUGAUAGGUAUUUAGCAAUCUGUAACCCAUUAAGGUAUUCAAAUUUAGUCACGGGGUCAAGAAUUUUUGGACUUUGUCUCCUUGCAUGGGUCCUAGCAAGCAUAUUUCCUUUAAUCAUGACAAUAAGGGCCUAUCCUCUCCAGUACUGUGCAGACAAUCGUAUCAUUCAUUGCUACUGUGAUCACAUUUCUAUCACAUCACUCGCAUGCACUAACAGAGCACUGUACAGCAAUCCAGCUUUUGCAUUUGCAAUGGUUGUGUUGCUUGGACCUUUGUCUUUCAUUGUUUUCUCCUAUGGUGCCAUCAUUGUGGCAGUUUUGCGUAUAUCGAGCGCUCAAGAAAGAUUAAAGACUUUCUCCACCUGCAGUCCUCAGCUCAUCAUUAUCGCUCUUUAUUUUCUACCUAGGUGUUUCAAUUAUUUGUCUGGUAAUAUUAGUUUUAACUUCAGCACAGAUGUGCGGAUAGCCAUCAUUUUGAUGUACAGCUUUAUUCCACCCAUGAUUAAUCCCCUUAUUUACUGUUUAAGGAAUAAUAAUAUAAAGGAAAUCUUGCUUAAAAGAGUAGAGACAUUAUGUCCUCGACUUAAUGAUGCAAAAGUCAAUGUAUCUACUGUAUGCAAAUAA